AUAUCUAGUGAUGUAACAACCAUACCAACCACAACAGAAGCAAAGUCAUCGAAAAGCAAUGAUUUAGUUUGCCCUGAUAAGAAUUUCCGGAUUCCUUUUUUUGCAUUACCAUGUGAAACAAAAAGUGAUUGCUCGAUAUUCGGCAGCAAAAUGGUUUGUUGUUCGAGAAGAUGCAUUGAAGGUGUUAGAAAAAGGGAAAUAGAAAAAGUUUCAAUUAUAAAGGAAGAACUAGUGACAGAAAAAAAUAUUUCUAUAGACAGAACUAGUGACCAACCAAUAAAAGUGGAUAUUCAAAAGAUAGAAAUACCAACAACAAAAACUAAAAGUGCUACUUUAAUAUGUCUAGAAGGUCCCCGUAUUCCGUUCUUCUCGUUACUCUGUACAAAUAAUAAUGAUUGCACAUCAUUGGGAGAUAAAAUGGUUUGCUGCAAAAAUAGAUGUAUAACAGGAGUUUCUCCGGACAGGAAUGAAAUCAAUCAAAUUGCUCCAAAAAAUAAACGAAUAGCAGAUCAGGAAAUCACAAAUGAAAUACCUAAUAGUAUAGGAGCGAAAGAAUAUAUGACGGGCGAAAAAAUCCAGAGUAAUAUUAGUAAGGUUGAUAAUCUUGUGUGUCCUGAUAAAGGGGUACGCAUUCCAUUCUUCUCUCUGCCAUGUGUGACCAACAACGAUUGUACGGGAAAGGAAAUGGUUUGUUGCUCGAAUAGAUGUAUUAAAGGUGUACUUCCAAAAAAGCCUGAAAUUAUCCAUUCACCUUCUUGGUUUGGACUAGUUGAGAGGAAUUGUCCUGUCGAUGCUAUUGCAGAAAUUUUGGAAAUAAAGGAAUGCGAAACCGAUUCAGACUGUAGACCAAGGAUUUGCUGUCCCGAUCAAUAUCGUAGCCAAGGAAAUAAGAGCUACUGUAGAACACCACAACCAUCUCUGCACAGAUUUCCCCUCGCCGAAAGAGCAACCGAGCCAUUCCGAGUUUUUGCAAGUUAUAUCCAAUGCACUCCUCCACCACCACCUAUUUUUGAUUUGUUUCCGAAAUCUUGUAAUAAUGCUUUGGAUUGUUUCCCGAACCUAUGUUGUCAAGAAGGUGAUAAAAAAUAUUGCAGGCCCCCUAAAAGAUCAGUAUUACAAUUGAUUGCUGGCGUGGGUCAGAGAUUCGUGCCUCCAGAUGCAGCAAAGAAACUCAUUGAACGAUUGAACUGAAACAGUACAUAAGAGGCUGUUUAAUUUUGGGAGUUUCCCAAAAUUUACAGGAAUAAUAGUAUUGGCAGGUUCUGAGAUGGUGCACAUUUGUGCAUCAUAAGUGAUAUAUGUGAUAAUUUAAAUGAAACAUAAUAAGAAAUGUUCAGAGAUUUUAAAAAUUAUGUAAAUAAAGGUUUCUUUAUAACUAAUCAACGUGAAAUAAAUCAUAUAU